AUGGUGAGCUUUAAGUUUUUAACUGAACUUUUGACAAAUCAAUUAAUAGUUGAAGAAGAAACACAAUGUUUAUGUUGCAGUGAAGGAUUAUUUCACCAACCUGUAUUUCUCCUUCUUAAAUCUAGAACUGAGCCUCUUCUAAUUUUCAGAAGAAGGAUAGUUCAGGACAUUUUCGUUGCCAUCACAUCAAAAAGUCUACUAGAGAUGCCACUUGUAAACAGUCCCAGAAACGUGACCAAUAUCACACUGGCCGCCCUUCAGAGUGAUGCGAUCCAGAGGAUUUUGCCAGCCCUUUUCAUGCUCAACUGCAGUAUCAGCAUUCCUCUCAAUUUAAUCUCCUUGUUGUUCCUUUGUUGGUAUUCAAGGCCCUGGACUUCCACCAUCAUAUUUUGCAUUAAUUUAACCAUCUCAGACUUGCUCUAUGGCUUCAUCCUCCCCUUUCAAAUUGCCUACCAUCUAAAGAAAAACAAUUGGCCUUUUGGAGAUGUCUUGUGUCAUGUGGUCACCAUUCUGUCAUACGGGAACCUACAUUGCUCCAUUUUAACUAUGAUGAGCCUUAGCAUAGAGCGGUAUGUAGGCAUUGUCCACCCUUUGCGCUACAAAGCGGGAAGAACAAUCAGGGCCUCUUUCCUGGUGUGCAUCAGCACUUGGGCCCUGGUUCUACUGACACUCUUCCCCCUGAUGCAGCAUAAGCUCACCGUUCGUAUACAGCAGCUUCCUAUCACCACCUGCUUUGAUGUUUUGCCAAAAGAAAUGUUUAACACCCGAACAGAAUUUAUUGCUUAUUUUGGAUCCUUGCUAUUUCUGUUCUUCUUCCUACCCUUGAUCAUCAUGGGAUUUUGCUACAUCUCAAUCAUAUUAACACUUCGACAUUCAUCUUCCUCUCAGUUCAGAGAGACCAAGAGGCAGACUAUCUACUUCAUCAUAGUGUUGCUGCUUCUGAUUACGGUUUGUUACCUCCCUCACAUUGUCAUGUCAGUGACCCAUUAUAUCCUUGUUUUCCAAAAGAAAUCAUUUUAUGUGGAAUACAAACUGUCACUUGCAACGGCCAGCUUCCAUUGCUGCUUUAACCCAUUUCUUUAUUAUUUUGGAUCUAAAGAGUUUCGACAAAAAAUACAGAGGAAACUCUGCAGGUGUGUGGCAGUAGGUGUCAGUGAAAAUAGCCAUAUUGUUUCAGAGCAUGACAUGCAAAUCAUGCCAGUGCAACAGGCCCCAAAGAUUUAG